GUCUCACGCGUGUCAUUCGGAGAGUUGAGUACUUUCUCGGUACCUAUUCACGGCGCACCUGAAGAAAUGCCGCUCCUUCCCACAGUGUACUGGGCACAGCGCUCGAACAAGCUCUACCUCACGAUCGACGUCCAGGACAUCAAAGAUCAAACGUGUGACCUCCAGGACGAUAAGCUUGUGUUCUCCGGUAAAGCAGGCGCUGAGCAGAAUGAGUACUCUCUAGAUCUCAACUUCUUCGGGGAGGUGGAUGCUAAAUCGGAGGAAAGCAAAGUUAGCAUUACCCCUCGGAAUGUGUUCAUGAUUAUCAUGAAGAAGGAGGCGGGGCACUGGCCGCGCCUGACCAAGGAGUCUGGCCGGCAUCUAACGCACAUCAAGUGCGACUGGGACAAGUGGGUUGACGAGGACGAGGAGGAUGAGAAGCCCGAGGCCGAUUUCGGCGGCAUGGACUUCUCCGGCUUCGGCGGAAUGGGCGGCAUGGGAGGCAUGGGCGGCAUGGGUGGCAUGAUGGGCGGAAUGGGAGGCAUGGGCGGCAUGGGUGGCAUGAUGGGCGGAAUGGGCGGAAUGGGAGGCAUGGACUUCAGCAACUUGAUGGGCGGGGAGGACGACGCGGCGGGAGAGGGCGAGGGUGAGGAUGAGGACUCGGACAAUGAGGAGCUCCCGGACCUGGUCAAGCCCUGAGCGGGGGAAGGGGAGUGGAUGCCGUACGGCUGUACAUGCAGUACUUUGGGCGCCGUUAGUGCUGGGGAGUGGUGGGCUGUUGCCUACUUACCAGCAAACGUAGGUCUGGGGACGUCAAGCAGGAAGGCAGGAGGGUGCGGUCUGUAUUGAAAACCGUGCGGGAAGAGAGCGGUGCGUUGCGGGAGGAGGGCGUUCGCAAUCUUGAGCACGCGACUGAGGGGGCGGGGUUGCGUAGAUCUUUAUUCUUACUAGCAGUGUUGUUGGGUGGUUGCAGUACACUGUGUGCCCAUGCGGCGGCGAGGAAGUAAGGGGCUUCAUCGUUGGGGUCUCCCCCGGCGCAUCCCGAACCGGACCGGGUUCACGUCAGGCAAACCUCGUUGCUGGCAUUGAGUCUCGGGGAGCGUCCCUGCGUCGAGUGAGAGCUUGGCAUACGUUGAGAAGUCCAGCGUGUUCGUACGGUGCUUGUUCUUAUCCUUCUUGCGGUUCCGGCGCGGCUUUGUUCCCCGGUGUUCAGCUGAGAGUUACAGUAGACGGUCAUAUGUCCUGCGCAUUUCCACUUGUAGUUUUGACAGGAAGGGCUGGUAUCUCCUCCGCCCUCCCUUAUGCGAGGUACAUACUGCUGCUGCGGACUCUGUAAGGACGCUUGACACGAGG